AUGCCGCGGGCACUCCGAAUGUGGCACUGGAUAGUUUUUGCGAUCCUACCAGAUCUUGCGUAUGUUUGCGGUGAUGAUGAUGCUAAGGAUUGUAGUGGCCUUCGCGCCAGCCUCAGAACUCAGCUGAAGGAAAAGCUACCAGGACUGUUUCCACGAUAUGCACCGAGCUAUAGGAAGUCUCUCGGAUGCAGAGCUAGAACAGUGGGAAGAAAGUUUGCUAAUUGGGAAGAAAAAGUCAUGGAGAUGAAAAACAAAUCGGACGGGUUAUUUGACUAUAUCGUCUUCUCGAUGCCAAGAGAGGAACCACCUGGGACGAAAAACUGGAAUUUGAGCGGCUUAACCAUUACCGAAAACAAGAAAGAGGAGUUAAAGAAUAGUUUCUACACUAAAAUUGGAUGUGGCUCUGCGAAGGAUAAAGAAGGAAAGAAGCUAUUAUGUUUUCUUCGUUUCAAUUUGAAGGAGUUCUACGAAUGGGCUGCUGAACAGUCAGAUGGAAAGAAUUUGGAUCUCCCUCUAGGACACAUAAGAAUGUAA